GGUGGUGGUGAUUACAGGGAUUUGCGUGAUACUGAUAUGGACUCGUAUAGUGAUCCGUUUUGCGUGGUUAGUGGCACGAGUGCUGGAAUGGCUAGAUCACGAGUUUGGAGCGAAAUUGGACGAACUGAGGUAAUCAACAACUGCCUUAAUCCAGAUUGGGCCACCAAGAUUCAUGCCACCUAUUAUUUUGAAGAACAACAACGAUUACUCUUUGAAGUAUUUGACAAAGGGCCUGGUAAGGAAAGAACCAAAAUUGGCUCGGCUACAUUAUUAUUACACGAAAUUAUUGGUGCGAAUUAUAAUCGAAGAACCGUUAAACUUUAUGAUGAAGGAAAACACUAUGGUAAUUUGACGGUAACAGCCGAGGAGAUGAGUGACGGGCGGCAAGAGUCAGUGUAUUUUAUAUGUAGUGCGACGAAACUGGAUCGAAAAGAUUUCCUGGGCAAAUGCGAUCCCUUUUUGAAGAUAUCUCGGAUCAACGAAGACAAUACAUAUCAACUCGCUUAUCGCACUCGAUACCACGAGCAAAAUUUGAACCCGAAAUGGAAACCUUUCGAAAUACAUAUCAAUCAACUGUGCUAUGGUGAUAAAGAUAGGGAAUUUCUAAUCGAAUGCUAUGACUGGGAUCAAGACGGAAAUCAUGAUCUGGUGGGUUGUUGUCGAACGACGGUGAAUCGCUUGGUGAAUAAAGUGGACGUUACAUUACCGUUGAUACACGAGAAGAAAGCGAAAAAAAGUAAAAAGUAUGUGGACUCUGGACAAUUACAUUUUCAUAAGGUUUAUUGUUGGAUGGACUAUUCGUUUCUGGAUUUCAUCUCAGCUGGAACUGAACUGGAGUUUACGGUAGCGAUUGAUUUUACGAAAUCGAAUCUGCCUACUGAAGACACGUCGUCGUUGCAUCAUGUGGACGAUGAUUUCGCGAAUCAAUACGAGAUUGCCAUACGUUCUAUUGCUGAGAUUUGUCAGUACUAUAACACAAGUCAGGUGUUUCAUGGCUAUGGCUUUGGGGCACGUCUGCCGGGUGAUAAUCUUGUACACUACAAUUUUCCAUUGAAUACGAUAACCAAUAAUCCGGAUUGUGUGGGCAUUGAUGGACUACACGAAGCGUAUAUGGCUGCGUUGAAUACCGUACAACUGGCCGGUCCCACGGAUUUCUCACCAACCAUUCGUUUUGCAGCCAGACAAGCGGCCGCUCUGCCCGACGACGGUAGCAAAUACAGUGUGUUGUUGAUCAUCACUGAUGGUGUGAUCAGUGAUAUGAGUAAGACAAAAGAGGAGAUUGUUAAGGCUGAGGCUAGAAGUUUUAAGUGGCUAUUUUUUUGGAUGGCAGCAAUUCAGAACGAGAUCGGCUCGUCUCGUCUCGGCUCGGACGGAUUCAUUUUCUUAUAUCUUCAAUUUCUUAUCGCUGUAGCGAAAAGUCAUCUUGAAGCAUCAUCAUUACCUCUUUCGAUUAUAAUUGUUGGUGUUGGUUACGAUAGUUUUGAAGAGAUGAAAGUGCUCGACUCUGAUCAUCAAGUGCUCUCGGCGAACGGCCGAUACGCAAAACGUGACAUUGUACAGUUCGUGCAACUACGUGAUUUCCUGCCACCGCAUCGAUAUUUGACAGCUGAAGAAGUGGCUGAUGCGAAAUGUCAACUGGCAAAGGAGGUUUUACAGGAGGUUCCAAGUCAGCUGACCGGAUAUAUGAAAUCGAAAGGUAUUUUCCCGUGUAAUAUCCCAUCACCACCGUUAACACCACAACAUCAACAGCAACAACCCACUUCACAGCAGUCAACCAGUAAUAGUCCUCAGCAUUGUGCUAGCGCUAGAUCGUCGUUGUCCUCUCAGCAGAUGGUGGUCUUACCUCAAGUAAGUCAGUUAACGCAGCAGCAGCAGCAGAUGCAGACCACGGCAACUGGAAAUGUGGAUAUAAUGAAGAAUCAAUACCACCCAGCAUCAUCAUCAUCACCACCACAACAACCGCAACAUCAACACGAACACCAACGCACACCAUCAGAGCGUAUCAGACGCCUACUGCCAGCCGUUCCAUAUCAAGAUCUACAACAAAUGCAUAUAUGA